GCUCGGGUAUGAUUUAUUCAAUGGCUUCAAAGUUCUGCAAAGCAUUUAAAACCAUAGCAAAUAAUCCAUAACUUCAGCGACACAGGAAAAGGGUCCAAAGGAAGACAUAUGAGGCCAGGCUACAUACAGUAGGUACGGGUAUAUUGCGGUACGGCUACCUGCGGGAGAUCUUGCCACGGUUUUUGUCUUAUCGAUCUGGAUAAGUGAAAACCCCUCUACAAGGGUAACUCAAUGAAGAAUAAUUUCAUUCAUUGUCAAGUUUUUGAUCUGACUUUUUAUAACAAAUUCUCGUGCCACAUUGCGACAUUACAUAUCCAUCUUGGAAAAGGGAGUUCAUAAUUAUUCUCUUUUAUCUUGAUUUUCUACCUUUCCCGUACAAUCCGGCAACUGUCCAAAUCAGCAAUAUUCAACCCAAAUAUCUAAAAUAUCAUCAAUAUGGCAUCUAUUACUAGUCCUGUGCGGGCUCCUGUCCUCGCCAUGAGUGCUUCUGAGCUGAUUGGAAAUACUCCCUUGGUGCGAUUAAAUAAGAUUCCGCAAAGCUUGGGUAUCGAAGCAGAAGUCUACGCAAAGGUCGAACUCUUCAAUGCUGGUGGAAGUAUUAAGGAUCGUAUUGCGCUUCGCAUGAUUGAGGAGGCGGAAAAGUCUGGUAGAAUAAAGCCUGGGGAUACUCUUAUUGAACCAACCAGUGGAAAUACGUAAGUUACUUCUUACCUCUUCGGCAUGCAUUCCUAACUCCUCCCCAGUGGUAUUGGGCUUGCUCUUGUUGGUGCCAUUAAAGGUUACAAGACAAUCAUUACUCUCCCCGAAAAGAUGUCACCAGAAAAGGUCGCUGUUUUACGAGCACUUGGAGCCACCAUCAUUCGUACCCCAACUCAAGCAGCAUGGGAUGCACCAGAGUCUCAUAUUGGGGUUGCAAGACGCUUGUUGAAAGAAAUUCCAAACUCCCACAUCCUGGAUCAAUAUGCAAACGAGAACAACCCUCUUGCACACGAAUUUGGAACCGCCGAAGAAAUUUGGAAGCAAACAAAUGGAAAGAUUACUGCCGUUGUUGCAGGAGCUGGUACAGGUGGAACUAUUACUGGAUUAUCUAAGGGUCUAAAGAAGCAUAACAAAGAUGUCAAAAUCAUUGCAGCAGAUCCCCAUGGAUCUAUACUUGCAGUACCAGAAAGCCUGAACCAAGAACACGCCAAUGAAUCUUACAAGGUUGAGGGAAUUGGUUAUGAUUUCAUUCCUGAUGUCUUGGAUCGAGAGUCCGUUGAUGUGUGGUACAAAACUGAUGAUCGUGAAUCAUUCGCCUACGCACGUAGACUGAUUGCCGAAGAAGGUCUAUUGGUCGGAGGUAGCAGUGGCAGUGCUAUUGCAGCUAUGGUAAAGGGAGUUCGUGAUUUGGGACUUGGUAAAGGUGAUACCGUGGUGGUCAUCCUACCAGAUAGCAUCAGAAGUUACCUCAGCAAAUUUGCCGACGAUGACUGGCUAGCCGCCAACGAUCUCCUUCCUCCUACUCCUGAGUCAUCCACUCCAGCAUCUCCCGUCGUCGAGGCUCAAUCUAAGAAAGAUCCAUAUUCAGGAGCAACUCUUCGAUCUCUUCGCCUCAAACCAGUCACAUCCGUACUAGCCAACUCCUCCUGUUCCGAAGCCAUCGAAACCAUGCGCGAAAAGGGAUUCGAUCAACUCCCCGUUCUCGCCCCCAAAGGAGAUAAACUCGUCGGUCUCGUCACUCUCGGAAACCUCCUCAGUUGGAUUAGUCGCGGCCGCGCCACCGGCAAAAGCCCCGUCUCAGAUGUCAUGUUUGACUUCUCCCACAUUCCCGAAGUCAUCACCGAUCCUAAGGAUAUCAGUCACCUUUCUUCACCACCCAAGAGCAACGGUAUUGAAACCACUCAAGAAGGCAAGAAACAAACCACCCCCAAACGCAAAUUCGUAGAAAUCACUCUCGAUACUCCUAUCUCUGCCUUGAGCAAAUUCUUCGAAUGGAACAGCGCGGCCAUUGUCACCGAAAAGGGAACCGAGAAGAAUGGAUUAUCAAAACCAGUAGCGGUAGUUACAAAGGUCGAUUUAUUGAGUUGGAUGGUAAAGCAAACGAAAGUUUAAACCAAGUCUCUGCAUCGUGUCGGGCUGAAUGGGAAUGGCGUUUUGGAGUGAUAUAUAUGUAAGCACUGUAAGCACUAUAUGUGUGGUACGUGAUAGUGCUUUUGGUCUCAACACCUAUUGGGAGGAUAUAGAUAGAUUGUCCCUGCAUUUGGUUUAGGGGGUGUUAUUGAAAGAAUGGAAGAAUGAAUAUAAAUAAACAAAUACAUCGAUCAAUAAACGUUCACACGAGGCAGACAUGGUAGUAAAGUAGAUGAUGCAAACCUGCAUAUCUCAUGAAGAGGUACCUACUUCAUCGAUAGCUAUAUAGAUAUCCAUGUAUGUAUGUUUAUGUAUCCCUCACAUUAUGUAUAAAAAUACCAAAACGA